AUGCCCGCUGGCGGUGAUUCUAAUCCCGAAAAACUGCCGUUCGCGAAGAAAUUGCAAAGGUUUCAGCAGGUGCUGUCGUCGACACAUGGCGGAAGUGAAGAAGCGCAGUUUCCACAGCAAGGAAAUCCGAGGAACGAUGAGAGCCGCUUAGUGCACAAUCUGCCCGAUGACAGGAUGCCUAACGUCGACCAAGCUGAAGUGGCAUCAAAGCUGCCGAAGAACGUCCGAACCAGGAAGGCGGAAAAUCGGUUUCGAUCGACAUUUGUCGCAGAUGAAAGCCGUGACAACGAAGGACUUAGCCCUGCUGAGCAGCGAGUGCUAGAAGCGGAGAAGAGAGCUGCUUGGCGUAAAGCGAGGUUGAAAUCUCUCGAAGCUGACGCCGCAAAAGCAGAACUGGUAAUGGCAAAGGUACGGCAAUUGAGUGAGCAUAGGGAAGAGCCUGAGAACAAGGAGGCGAAGACGGUGGAUUCGGCGGAGAGCUUGACACCACACGGCAAGUGGAUCGAAGAAGGUUCAUCGUCUGACAAGAAAACCUCUCGACGUGAUGGAGUGCCCGCAGGCCGAGCGGCGCAAGAAGAGUACCCGCAGAAGUCAUCAACGGAGUCGACGAAAGUCGUCGGUGCCGAGGUGUCUCGUGAAGUAAUCGAGCACACAGACCCGUUGUCCGGCGAACGCGUUGUGAAAACAGUCGAGAAGCGGCAGCAUAUCACGCAGCACGAAAUGGAAACGACAGAAAACCGACUGCUGAACAUCGAGGUGCCGGUCAACCGCGAGUUCACGUACACGAUAGCGUCUGACCAGAGGAUUUUGAACGCUGACAACCGUCUGACCGCCGUUGCUGCUUCCGGAGACACGUCACUCGCACCAAAAGGCGGCAGCAGAUAA